GAUAUUGAUCUUACCAUGAAUUAUCACUACAAGCUGGUUGGAGGCAGCCUGGCAAUCAAUAACCCAGACAAAAACCUGGAUAUUGGAACCUACCAGUGUUUGGCCACAAAUUCAUUUGGAACCAUUCUCAGCAGAAAAGCAAACCUGCAGUUUGCAUAUCUUGACAACUUUGAAACCAAAACAAGAAGCACCGUAUCAGUCAGAGAAGGACAAGGAGUCGUUCUACUCUGUGGUACCCCAUCCCACUAUGGAGAUUUGUCCUAUGCUUGGAUUUUCAAUGAUAAUCCCUUAUAUGUUCAGGAGGACAAUCGGCGAUUUGUCUCUCAAGAGACAGGGAAUCUGUACAUUGCCAAAGUGGAACCCUCUGAUGUGGGCAAUUACACAUGUGUUAUAACUAACACAGAAGCUAAACAAAGUAUUCACGGCCCACCCACACCACUUGUGCUUCGUACUGAUGGUGUGAUGGGGGAGUAUGAACCAAAGAUUGAAGUUCGUUUUCCAGAAACAACAUAUGCAGCAAAGGGUUCAACUGCUCAACUAGAAUGCUUUGCCCUUGGAAAUCCUGUUCCCAGUAUCAGCUGGAGGAGAUCUGAUGGCAUCCCAUUAGCUGGAAAGGUGAACGCAUCCAAAGGAAUCCUUGAGAUCCCAGAUUUUCAGCAGUUUUUUUUUCAGCAGGAAGAUGAAGGCUUUUAUGUCUGUGUGGCAGCAAACAGUCGGGGAAGUAAUGUUGCUAAAGGUCAACUCUUUAUAUACGCCCUACCCGAAUGGACAACAAGCAUUCAGAAUGCCUAUUUGUCUCUCUAUGACACGUUAAUUUGGGGAUGUAUGGCAACUGGGAAACCAAUGCCUUCAUAUAGUUGGCUUAAAAAUGGCCAGCCCCUCACACCUCAGGGUAGAAUUCAGAUUGAAAAUGGAACUCUUACUAUAACUAUGCUGAACAUUUCAGACUCUGGCCUCUAUCAGUGCAUUGCAGAAAAUAAAUAUGCAUCCAUUUAUUCCAAUGCAGAAUUAAGAGUAAUAGCUUCAGCUCCUGAUUUUUCCAAAAACCCUGUGAAAAAAAAUUCAGUUGUCCAAGUUGGAGGUGAAGUCACCAUUGAAUGUAAACCAGAUGCCUCUCCCAAGGCAAUUAUUAGCUGGAAAAAAGGCACUGAGACUCUACAGCAAAACAAAAGAAUCUUUAUCCUAGAGAAUGGCUGUCUGAAGAUAUAUAAUGUUACCAAAUCAGAUGCAGGUGUCUACACUUGCAUAGCAAUGAAUCAAUUUGGAAUUGCGAGAAACUCAGGGAACCUGAUUGUGAAAGAGAAAACUGUCCUUAUUACACCACCUUCCAAAAUGGAUGUUACAGUUGGAGAAAGCAUAGUCUUACCUUGUCAGGUAUCCAAAGAUCCAUCCAUUGAUGUUGCAUUUUCAUGGUCAUUCAACGGAGAUGUUAUAGAUUUUAAAAGAAGAAUGACCCAUUUUGAAAGAGUUGGAGGACAAGAAUCAGUCGGGGACUUGAUGGUAAGAAAUAUUCAGCUAAACCAUUCUGGGAAAUACACGUGCACAGUGAAAACAACAAUGGACAGCCUCUCCGUAAUGGCAGAAACUAUUGUAAGGGGCACUCCAGGUCCACCCAAAGAUGUUAGUAUUGAACAUAUUUCUAGCACAAAUGCAGUGCUAAAUUGGAGACCAGGAAAAGAUAAUAACAGUCCCAUCCAGACAUACACUAUUCAGGCAAGGACUCCUUUUUCUGUUGGAUGGCAGGGAGUUUCAACAGUUCCUGAAGUCAUUAAUGGAAGGACCCACACAGCAACAGUGGUAGAUCUCAGUCCUUGGGUUGAAUAUGAAUUUCGAGUUGUGGCUGGCAAUAGCGUAGGGAUUGGGGAGCCAAGCACACCAUCUGAACUACUCAAAACAAAAGCUUCCAUUCCUGUAGUGGCUCCAACAAAUGUGAGUGGAGGCGGGGGAAGCCGAUCUGAACUUGUCAUCACAUGGGAGCCAGUUCCUGAGGAACUACAAAAUGGGGAAGGCUUUGGAUACAUCAUCAUGUUCCGCCCACUUGGCUCAACAAGCUGGACAAAAGCAGUGGUGAAUUCUGUGGAAGCAUCCAAGUAUGUCUAUAGAAAUGAAAGCAUCACCCCGUUGUUCCCUUUUGAAGUGAAAGUGGGUGUCUUCAACAACGAAGGAGUAGGCACUCUGAGCUCAGUAUAUAUUGUGUACUCUGGAGAAGAUGAGCCUCAGAUAGCACCUACUGGAAUUUCUGUACAAAGCUUCUCAUCUUCUGAAAUGGAAGUAUCUUGGAAUCCUAUUGCAUGGAACCGACAUACUGGAAGAGUUCUUGGCUAUGAGGUCUUAUACUGGAUGGAUGAUGCCAAGGAUUCUACAACUGGCAAAGUCAGAGUCAAUGGCAACAUAACAUCAAAAAAUAUCACCGGCCUCAGGGCCAAUACAAUAUAUUUUGCCACAGUGAGGGCUUACAACACAGCUGGGACUGGACCAUCCAGUAUGCUGGUCAAUGUCACUACAAAAAAAUCACCACCAAGACAACGCCCUGUGAACAUUGCAUGGAAAUUAUCAGAUUCAAAGAUAUGCUUGAACUGGGAACACGUGAAAACAAUGGAAAAUGAAUCUGAGGUGCUUGGCUACAAAAUUCUGUAUAGGCAAAAUCGACAAAGUGCUACUCAUAUAGUGGAGACAAACAACACAUCAGCUGAGCUGCUGAUACCCUUUGAAGAAGAUUAUCUCAUCGAAAUCAGAACCAUCAGUGAUGGAGGAGAAGGUAGCAGCAGUGAGGAAAUUAGGAUUCCUGCAAUGUCAAGCUUAAGCUCCAGAGGGACUCACAUCUGCCACCCUGCAGACCAUAGAAUGGCAUCUAAGAUCAUGCUUAUGGGCUAUAUUCUCUGCUCUUCUGUUUUUUCUUGA